GCAAAAGCGGUUCGCGGUGCGGUCGUUUCUGUGCAUGGUUUCAGAAUCGAGAAAGUUUCCGUUGAUGAUGGCAGCGCGCGUGCGUUUCGUGAGUGUGCAACCGUGAUGUGAAGUGAAGGGCACAAAAGGCUACAACUGGAAUAAAAAAAGUAAAAAGGAGAAAAUAUUACCGUGAUUUUUGUGACCGAAGUGGAAGUGUUAAAACGAAGGAUAGAGAAGAUGAAUGAAAACUUGCUGUCGGGCGGGGAAUGAUCCUACCAAUACAGCAGGUUAAAGCUGGGCGAAACAAGCCGAAAACAAGGCACAAAAAAUAGAAGAAAUUAAAGAACGGGAGAAGAAAAACGAUUCUCCUACCCAAUAAUUACAGCAACACAUAAUCGCCUACCUUAGCGCCAGAGCUUGCGCAAAACAACAACUUUGAAGCAACACAAAAAAAAAACACAUCAUCAUAAACGAUCGUUGAAGAAGAUCAAGUAAACAAAAAAAGCACACACAGUUCUGAUCUGAUGAAGAUCUGUUUUGUGUGUGUGUGUGUGGAAGUCAUCGCCAAAAGGUUAAAAAUUGUUGUGGAUCUCGGCAAAAAAAGGAAGGAUAAACGAGUGAUAUCGUGCGUGUAACAGCUUUGCGAAUGAUUGUACAGCGUUCCUGAACACACCCGCAUGGUGUUGGUAGAUGUGCCGCAGAGUGUGAGCGAGCGUCGCAAUAGUGCUUCUCCGAGCAAGAUGGCCACCCUGGGCCUGUCGAAGGUAUUCAUCCUGGACAAGUACUUUACCGAGUUGCAAAAGUUUUGGGAAACGGAGAAAAAGCUGCAAGAUGCAUCUUCAUCAAACGAAGCCGUCCACCUGCAGCAAAGACUGAAGAGCCUCAGCUCGGAGUUGGUGACGCUGAGGAAUCGACUGCACACCGGCGGCCAACCCACCGGAACCGGACCCAAUGGAGGCGGUGUGCCUGUCGGAGGUGGUGCAGUAGUAUCACCAACAUCUGCACCAAAUACUACCAACACUGGUUCGGGUCAUGGUGUUGGAACGCAUGGAACGGCCGGACUGGCGACACACGCAAACAACGCGUCCAGCAACAACGGCCUCCUAACGAGCACGGUCGGAGCGAACGGGAUCAAUGUGCUACCACAUCUUGCCAACGGGUGUCCAAAUAACACUACCAACAACAACAACAACAACAACAGCAACAACACCACCAACAACAACAUCAACAGCAACUCGAACAACAGCGCUACCAAUAAUGCUAAGAAUCACAUGCUAGUGACGAGUGCAGCCCAGUGCAUACCUGCAAACCAGGCGAGCAACAAUCUGAACGCCUCCCAACACAACGUCAACGUCUUGCCAAUCGUUUCACCAAGAAAUACCUCAAUACCGUACCCUUUGCCACAUCACAAUGUUAGCAGCGGCACUAUGCUUCACGGAGAUACGAUACCAUGCGGUGGAACGCUUCCGAGGCGCACGGCGAUGGGCUUCGGUGGCAACUCGAUCCAGUACAACAUGGGUGGACAUACCGGCAGCGGGGGACUCGGCACAAUCGUCUCACCGAGCGGUGGUGGAUCUGGAACGCUGCCUGCUGGUACCGGGUCCUCCACCGCCCACUUUCGAGAUCGGCAGGAAGGCACCGGUACUAACGAGAUGGACGAUCUGAUACAUCUGCCCGGUCCGCUUACCGAGGAUGCCGUCAUGCGUACGUUGCACAACCGCUUCAAUGAUGGGAAAUAUUUCACCAACGUCGGCCCAAUACUGCUGUCUGUCAAUCCCUACCACGAUGUCGGCAACCCACUGACACUGUCCUCAACCCGAUCCGUCCCGCUUGCCCCUCAGCUAAGAAAAAUUGUCCAAGAAGCCGUUCGGCAGCAGGCGGAAACGGGUUACCCGCAGGCGAUUAUUCUUUCUGGUACUUCCGGUUCGGGAAAGACACACUGUUCGAUGUUGCUGCUGCGGCAGCUGUUCGCGGUGGCAGGCGGUGGUCCAGAAACCGACGCGUUCAAACAUUUGGCCGCAGCCUUCACUGUGCUGCGUUCGCUUGGAUCCGCCAAAACUACCACCAACUCGGAAUCGAGUAGAAUCGGACAAUUCAUUGAAGUUCAGGUGACAGAUGGAGCACUGUAUCGCACCAAGAUCCAUUGCUACUUCCUCGACCAGACGCGCGUCAUUCGACCGUUGCCAAAUGAGAAAAAUUACCACAUCUUCUACCAAAUGCUGGCAGGAUUGAAUGCGGACGAGUGCGCCCGGCUCAACUUGGAAGGAUAUUCACCGGCGAACUUGCGGUACCUGCAGCACGGUGACAUCCGGCAGGACGAGCAGGAGGAUGCGGCUCGUUUUCAGGCGUGGAAAGCCUGCCUUGGCAUCCUCGGUAUACCUUUCCUGGAUGUAGUGCGCGUCCUCGCAGCAGUAUUGCUUCUGGGCAAUGUGCAGUUCAUCGACGGACAGGGUCUCGAGGUAGAAGUUGUGGGAGAAACGGAGCUGAACGCCGUUGCCAACUUGCUGGGUGUUCCAUCGGCACAACUAUUUCGUGGUUUAACGACACGUACGCACAACGCUCGUGGACAGCUUAUCAAAUCGGUCUGCGACGCCAACAUGUCCAACAUGACCCGGGAUUGUCUGGCCAAGGCACUGUAUUGUAGGACGGUAGCGACGAUCGUUCGUCGGGCAAACAGUUUGAAACGACUUGGAUCAACCCUCGGCACUCUUAGCUCCGACAGCAACGAAUCGGUACACAAUCAGGCAGAAGUGGCAAGUCAGCAUGCUUCCACGAUCGGCGGAAACGCUGGUUCAAAAUCUAUGGCAGCGCUGAACAAUGCGGUGCGACAUGCAACGGAUGGAUUCAUCGGAAUUUUGGACAUGUUCGGUUUCGAGGAGCCCCGGCCAGCCCAGUUGGAGCAUCUGUGCAUCAACCUUUGCGCGGAGACGAUGCAACACUUCUACAACACGCACAUCUUCAAGAGUUCCGUUGAAUCGUGCCGCGAGGAAGGCAUCAUCUGCGACACCGAGGUAGACUACGUGGACAACGUGCCCUGCAUCGAUCUCAUCUCAUCGCUGCGUACCGGGCUGCUGAGUAUGCUCGAUGCCGAGUGUUCGGUGCGUGGUACGGCGGAAAGCUACGUCGCGAAGAUCAAGGUGCAGCAUCGCAACUCGGCCCGGCUCGAGCAGCGUGCCCUCGAACCGUACGAUCCACGACUCUUUGCCAUCCGGCACUUUGCCGGCCGCGUUGAGUACGACACCACCGACUUUCUCGACACGAACCGGGACGUGGUGCCGGACGAUCUGGUGUCCGUGUUCUACAAGCACACGUGUAAUUUCGGCUUUGCAACGCAUUUGUUCGGUACGGAGCUGAAGGCGUUGUACGCCCAGGAAAAUGGUCCGCGAGGUCUCAGCUUCCGAAUAGCACCUACCUCUCACACGGAUCUGCUCAAUGGAGAUGAACCCGUUUCGACGCUCACACAAGACUUCCACACCCGGCUGGAUAAUCUGCUGAGGACGUUGGUACACGCGAGGCCACAUUUUGUUCGCUGCAUUCGUAGCAAUACGGCUGAGAAGGGUGGAAUGUUUGACCGGGGUGCAGUCGUCCGGCAGAUCCGUGCACUGCAGGUCCUCGAGACGGUCAAUCUGAUGGCGAGUGGAUUCCCGCACCGGAUGCGCUUCAAACAGUUUACGGCCCGCUACCGUAUGUUGGCCCCGUUCCGACUGCUUCGCCGCUGUGAAGAGAAAGCUCUCGAGGAUUGCAAGGUGAUCCUGGACUUUGCACUGGAAAAUCCGCCCGAGCUGGACGGGUCGGUCACACUGUCGUGGGCCCCCGGCAAGCGACAUAUCUUCUUGAGUGAAGGCAUUCGCCAGCAUCUGGAGCGAUUGCGCACGGAGGUACGCAUGAAGAGUGCGACACUGAUUCAGGCCACAUGGCGUGGCUGGAACCUGCGCAAACGGCUCGGCACGAUUCGGCGUACGCACGACAUCCAGCUAAUGGGUGGGGCGCUGCUGUCCGUAAACAAAGCUUCCGGUAAGUACAGUUCUGCCUUUGACAAGCGUUCCCACAACAACACAACGACUGCAAUGGUCAAACUGGUUUUGUCUUCAGGUGCUCGAACCGGCAAUGUAUCGCACGCAAAUGCGAACAAUACGGGCACGGCUACGAGACCACGACCGCAACCGAUCGCGGGUACACCGCCGCCAGAUCCGAACGAAAAGUGUGACUCAAAGAUUAUCGCACAAACCUGCACGCUCUUUGGGUUGGAUUUGGAACGACCUCCACCAGUGCCACCGUCCCGUUCAUACACGGUGACCGGAAACUCAAAGCUCGGCUACCCACAGACACGUAUCAUGAAGAUGAACUUCCCCGAAGAUCCGGCCGCUGUCGGUCUUGGCGAGCAGCUGCGCAAGGGUGAAGCUGUCACCGUUACUGGAGCAUCGCAUCGACGAGGUCAUCUGAUAGUGGAACACAACGGCAUUAGUCUGCACGUGCCGUUCCAGUACAUGGAGCUGGUGAAGACGAUUGCUCCCGUACCGAGCGGUGCUGGCAAUGCACCUUCCGGAGCCACCGUACCUCCACCACCGACGGCUACUGCGGUUAACAUAUGAGCAUCGACCCCCUUGAAAAUGUACAGCCUCCCGUGGAAGCGAUGGUCGGAGACGAGUAUUCCGACAGGGUAAACGACUGCAUUUUGUUACAUUUCUGAGACUUUAGUGUUAACAGGGAAUCGUUUAGAAUAAGCCGUCUCGACACAAACGCUCUUCUACUACAACCUAGGGUAAGCACGUAGAGAAGACUAGACUUGUUAAGCACACAGCAAUAAGGUUGAGUAGUUGUAGCACUAACGAUAAGCAUAGUGUUAGUAUUUAACGUGCUCAUCUUUUCAGCAGGGAUUGCAAGAUGAAUAUGGUUUUCUUUCACGGAACAAAACAGGACUAGCAAUGCUAGAAGUUGAACUAAAGCAUGCACUUAUGUAGUACAGUACUGUUGUAGGAAGUAUCUAGGGGUAGGACCAUUUCUUCCUCAUCGGAGUUACAUUCCCGGAAUGAACGUCUUAGUUCCAGCGCAAAAAAAAAACAAUAUGAGUAUUACCACGAUUCGUUUACUUUGCAUAUGCAGCUGCCUUGAAGCGUUAAUAUUACGGUAAGCUGUAAGAAAACCUUUUCCUUCCUGCUUUGACGAGACUUCCACAAGUGCCAACUUUGCGUGUUUUGCAAGUAUUGCAUUAGAGUAAGCGAAUUAUGAAGCGCUGUUCCUAUGCGCCAAUGUAUGGGCAGCUCGGGGAAAAACUUGUGUUGCUUAAGUUUUGUUUAACCAAUCCAGAAAGGUAGGUACCGAUAGGUACUCACGGUGAGUGGAAAAACGAAAGUGGUGAAGAACGAACAUUUUAGCCACUUUUGGACAGCAUUGAGAUUAAAGUGUCUUAGCGUGUCCCCACAACGGCGAGGGGAGCAUGAUUUUCUCUCGUUGGCUUUUCUGCUCUGUUAAUCAAUGUUUCAUUUUGUUUUUGGUUUGAAACGCGAAAUGUGCUCCAUGCUUUCCAUCUGAGGUUGUUUGUAUCGGCCGCGUACGUUAAGGCCUCGGGUGAAAUUAAUUAAUUUCGUUACGUUCUUUGUUUUGUUUCGUAAUAUUCUACCUACGUCCUACGUUUUUGCUAUCGAUAAACCAAACAAAUCGACAGCCGAAACCCAUACAUCACGUUUAUAAUGCAGCCACCGUCGUCAGUACGCUAUCACAAACCAAUCAAUUUACCAGUGACCCUACUAGGCUAAGUGUGUUCGAGAGUGUAUGUGUGUGUGUGUGUGUACGCGAGUGUUUGGGUAGUUAAGUUUAGUUAUCAAACUUUAUCGACCCCGUAUUUGUACCGUCAGCGCCAUUAUGUAAUAGUUUUAAGGGCAGAUAUUUUCUAGCACCGAAAGGUAGAAUUAUUUACCGUUUACCUUUCACCAAUGAUGGAAGUAAAAUACAAUGAAAUCUUUGUAAAAUGUA